AUGGUAGAGAAGCGAAAACUACCUGGCAGGAAUCGCGGCGGGCGCCCGCCCAAGAAGAGGCUCGCAGAAGCAGACGUCACUCCGUCUCCGAAACGCCUACAGCGACAUGAGCAGCGGCGGCCAUCUGCAACUCCGUCGAAGAAAGCCGCUGAAACACCUGCGCCAUCACUUCCGAUCGAGCCUCCAGCUGAAGAUACGCUUCCUACCAAGAUAUCAGAUAGUCAACCGCUCCCAACCCUCCCCAAACCGCAGACACAAAGCUCUCUGUCCGAAUACCAGACCUACGCCGAGAGUGGUGCUGUUGCAGCUGCACUUCAUCGAUCUAGGUCAAAAUGGCUUCACGAUUGCCUGUUCGAGAAAUACUGGACCAAGCCGUCAAAGAAGAAGAAUCAACCUCAACCCACAUUCCAGAACCCCCCAAAGGACUCGAUGACCAAGCUGGGGCCUUUCCGACGGCCACACUCUCAGCCGCCCAGUCAACAAACACAACAGAAACCCAUGGUUCAAGUACAGUAUACGCCGCCAAAUAGCUCCAGCUCGUUUCAUGAAUAUCACCCUCGGCAGCAUCCAAACCAAUCUACUCCGAGUAAACCGCCUAAUAUUGCGCCUCUCCACCCCCAAGCUCCCCGCCAACAACAAUUACCACCACAGCAGCAACCACAACCCCCACCUCCUAGCAGCAAUGUACCACCGCCUGCGCCGGUUCAUCAACCUCCACCAGUUCAUCCUCAAGCCCGCAAUACUCCUCAAAAACCUCCAAAUCCUCCGCCGCCUGGGAAACCCAGUGCCGACCCAGUUAUCCAGCUUCUGGCAAAUAGGGCGGCCACAAACCCUGAUUUAAGGGCGUUGAUGAGGAUAGUCGCGGACAGUCAGGCCGAUCAAGAACAGCUUCGGGCGUUCCAAGCACAUAUCGACGAAAUAAAUGCAAUUAUUGCUAGCAGAAACCCGAAAGAUUCACAGCCACAUCCGCCACCGGUGAAAACAGAGCCGUUAGCGCAGAUGGCUGCUACCCCUGUUCCCGCUGGCGGAGUACAGAAUCGAGUCCAUACGCCGAUUGCAUCACGCAGUCCAGCGGUGACCCCCGGGCCUACAACAUAUCAUCCGCCAAAUCAACAUCCACACCCGUCCGGGUCACCAUAUCCUCAUCCCCCACAGGGUAUAGCCCCGAUUAAAGCUAAGAACUCCCAGAAGCUCCCACCAGCUCAAAACGGUUGCUUUCGCCCACAGUACCCGCCUCCUGUCCCCCAGGCGCCGAGAAUGGACAUAAAGGGGGUUGUAUUUGAGUUUAUUCUGCCUGCUGGUGCAAAUCAUGGCCCUACUGGGGACAGGUACCUGUUUCCAGAGAAUAUGAUAUUGGACUACUUCCCUGGGAAUACCACUGUAAUUGCAUCCUUUUUAGCAAUUAAACGAAUUGAUCCACCCGGGUCAUCUACAGAAACAGAUAAAAAAGCACCCGCUGGAAAGGUAAAGGGUAAAAAAGCCAAAUUACUUCAGGCCCCUGCGACGCCUACUCCGGGCGAAACCCCUUCCCAGACCCCAGUUCCGCAGCCAGACACCAAUAAGGAUAUGAAUAACUCAGGUGUCCCAGCCGCAGAAGACCCAAAAGCGGCAGACCCCCAAGAUACCACUGAGCCUUCCUCGCCUUCCAAAGGGGCUAAGCCUAAAGUCAAAGAAUAUUAUCAACCGGUCACGCUUCGGCUACAUGCUAAUAACCCUAGGACAUUGGAACCCCUAGGCCGCGUCGUAAAAUCUCCAGGGGAGGUUCGAGAUUAUAUGAACAAUGUCAUGGAUAGGAUUGAGCGGGCUGAUAUCGAAUAUCUGGCUCUACGACUCCCGCGAGAACAGCGACGUGGUCGUGGUGCCAUUGCAGGGGACGAGCCAGGCAAAGCUGGCGGCUCAAUUCGGGCCACUCCUAGAGUUAAAGGGACAGAGACUGAAUCGGGGGCCGCUACUCCGCAAAAUGAGGAUAGAGGAGGUGGUGGCGAUGAGGUAGUUGAAGAAGAGCUGAAGGACUAUUAUGACUCUCCAUGCAGCCUUGUACCAUUAAGAUCGUGA